GGAUACAAAAAGAAAAACAAAACAGAUUAGAAAAAAACUGAAAAUUUUCUAUCAACAAUCAACCAAAAAAAGAAAAUAAUUGAAAAAAAUAACUAAAUCUUGGAUUUUGUGUAUAAUUUAUGCUAAAAUAAUUUAUAAGGCAUAAAUCUUAAUUAAAAACAAAAUGAAUUCUAGCCGUUCUACGUCUACUUCGUCGUCUGGAAGUUCAACAAGCAGCGGAAGUACAAGCUGCACAGAUAGUGGUUCAUCUUCAACAGAUUCCGAGAGUACUACAUCCAGCGAUGCCAAACCUUUAAAUGCGUCAAGAGGAAACGAUAAUAACAAAAACAAGCCACAAGUAACAACCAGAAGAAAGAGCUCGGAAAGUAAGACAAACCAACAAAAAACAACGGCAGAGGCAGAAAAAACAACAAAACUUAAUACGAGCAAUAGCUCGGCGGUAGCCAAGCAACCUAAUAAAAAUGUAGCUUAUUCCAGUGACGAUGAUACACCACCUGCUAAAAAACCACUUAAAAGACUGUCGACUACAUCUACAACUCAGCCCAGUCAAAGGCGAAGAUCCUCUGGAGGUUUUGCCUUGACAGCCUCCAAGUUACAAAAGGCACAAUCAGAGAACACAACUUCUGGCGUAGAGGUAACAAGUGACACUAAACCGGCCAAGACAAAUGAUAAUGAAAAAGAAAAAUCAACGAUUUUGCCAAUAGCUGUAGAUCCAGAAGUUAUGGCAAAAACCAGUACGACAACACCCAUAAAAAAGGUAAAACAAGAACCACAAACCAAGGUCAUAGGCAAGAAUACAAAUCCAGUUAAUGAUAACACGGAACAGACAACAGCUAAAGCAAAACAAAUUCCAAAUAAACGAAAUAAUGGUCCUUCUCAAUCCAUAAGAGCAGCUGCUGCUGCAUCGUCAAGAAAAAAAUGUUCUGAUGAAUCUGAGUAUGAUAGUGUUUCCGGCUCAGAAGAUGAAUCUUCAAGUAGCAGUAGCGAAACUGAAAGUAGUGACAAUAGUUCAUAUAAUUCCAAGGUCGGAAAGGGUGGUGGUGAAGGUAUAGGCGGCAAACGACGUCCGAAGAAUAGACAUACCGAAAUAGGUGCUAAAAAUAAAAAUGAAUUUUCCGAUUCAGAUAGAGGAGAGAGUCCGCCCAAGAAUACCAGAAAUAGAAAACUUACACGUUCUCUAAGUACCAGACGAAACAGUAAACCAUUAGUUAAAACUUCAGCUGGAGCCAGUCAACAGGAUGUCGGCUCAGAUUCCGAUUCAGAAGCUAUUAAUGGCACCGUGGGCGAUAUGAAACGCUCACUCUGCAAGAGUCCGGCCAAAAAAUCCUACAUUGGUCUUGGCGCCACAACGCUUAGUAAAUGUAGCGUAAAGAAGGAAAUCAGUAACAAUGGUUUUCCCAGCAUGUCUAGAGCACCCACGCCACCACAAUUGGAAAAGCGAUGCCCAGUUGAUGGUUGUGACUCCUCGGGUCACCUAAGCGGAAAUUUAGAUCGCCACUUUUUACCCGAGGCCUGUCCAAUAUAUCACAACAUGUCUGUAUCCGAAUGUAAAGAAAGAGCUAAUGAACGCAAGCUACGGGCAGAGAGUCUCAGCAGUAAACCUUCUACAGCCUCGAACCAUUUGGAUGGCCAUAAAUCUGGUCCACAAUCAUCAACAAAGCACCUACAAACUAUUGAACAAAAAGAAUUUUAUAGUAAAAUUAAAGAAUCCAGAGCCCGUUUUAAACCCAUAGCAGAGGUGGUAAACUGCGAUAAAGUUAAACUGGAAAAGGAUUGUAACGAUGAAGAUCGUGAGCCCAGUUUGAUAGGUUUAGUACCCGAUUAUGAUUUACAGUUGUUUAGAGAUGCCCAGGCUUUAGCUAGUGAAAAAAUUGAAGAUGAAGUUAAAGAUUUGCCGAUUGGUAAAGGCAUCAAAUAUAUCACAAUGGGUAAAUAUAAAAUGAAAGUAUGGUAUCAGUCUCCUUAUCCCGAAGACGUUUCGAGGCUGCCGCAAAUGUACAUUUGUGAGUUUUGUUUACGUUAUCAAAAAUCAGAAACCGGCAUUAAGCGUCAUGCUCACAAAUGUGUUUGGCGACAUCCGCCCGGUGAUGAAAUCUAUCGCAAAGGUAAAUUACAAGUGUGGCAAGUAGAUGGUAAACGUCAUAAGCAAUAUUGCCAGCAUUUGUGUUUAUUGGCGAAAUUUUUCCUGGAUCACAAGACUUUGUACUAUGAUGUCGAACCAUUUCUCUUUUAUAUCAUGACCUUGGCAGAUGUUGAUGGUUGUCAUACAGUGGGCUAUUUUAGCAAGGAAAAGAAUUCUUUUUAUAAUGUUUCAUGUAUUCUAACACUGCCUCCAUAUCAAAGAAAGGGCUACGGAAGAUUGCUGAUUGAUUUUAGUUACCUGUUGACCAGGGUGGAACGUAAAAUUGGUUCGCCAGAAAAACCAUUAUCUGAUUUAGGCUUAAUAUCAUAUCGUUCUUAUUGGAAAGAUGUCCUACUAGAAUAUCUAUGUAAUCGAACUGGAAAUACUUUAAGCAUAAAAGAUGUUUCACAAGAAAUGGCCAUUUAUUCUUAUGACAUUGUAAGCACUCUACAGGCAUUGGGUAUGAUGAAAUACUGGAAAGGCAAACAUAUAGUACUUAAAAAACAGGAUGUUUUGGAUGAUUAUGAGGAGCGCAUUAAAAGACGUGGAACAUUUCCUAAAAUUGAUGAAGCUUGUUUGCGUUGGAAUCCAUUUGUACCGCAACAGAAUAAUGACUCUCCCUGAAAAAGGGUCAUACACAAUUAUGAUUAAACAAAAUAAUGCCGUCAUUACAAAGAGUUACAGAUUUUUUUUUUGUGUAAUUUAAAUAAAACCUUUUUUUAAUACGGAAUUUAUGGAACAAAGAAAAUCUCAUCAUUAAUACGUUAUUAAAUUAAGAAAAUAUAUACACAUUCUUUGUUUUCCCAUAAAUCUGUACGAGUCUGAGUCAUUGAGUUAAAAUUUUACAACAGACAAUUUUAUUUUUUGGCAAUUAUUAGUCACACAUGCGCAUCUACAGGUUUUUUGUUUUUCGCUUCACACUUCACAAGGAGUUUUUGUUGUUGUCUUUUAUUUCGAAUAUACAAUGUAUUACAUGUAUAUAACUCUUAUUUUAUAUGGGUUUUUUUUUUCUCAACGAUUCAGCUGCUGCACAAUAAGUAUAUAAUUAUUAAUUAUUUAUAUGUGUAAAUAUAUAUAUAUGUUUAAUGUAUUAGUUUUAAAUACUUUAAAUAUGAAAGAAAAAAACAAUUAUUUGUAAAUGCAAUUAAUGUAUUGUUAAGCAGAGAAAUACAAUAUUAGAAGUUACUCCCAUAAGCAAUAAAUAAACUCUUUAUUUACCCUACAAAGUGUUUUAUAUCAUAAAUAUACACUUGUGUAUGAAUGCAA